AUGAAGCGAUGCGAGAUUAUCUACGAAGUUUUGGAUAUGGUGCUAUUUGUUGGUGUUUGGGUAGGGAUGUUUCUGCUGAUCUUGUUUGUCUUCUACCCAGCCCUUCCUCCCAAAGUCACUCCACAAACUGAAGUACCGCCACAAAGUGAAGACUACUUCACAAUUGUUCAGAUCUCAGACCCACACUACUCGAAAUUCUGGAUUGGAAAUGGGAUUAACAGAAUGAAAUUGUUCUGCAAGUACUCAAUUCCCGCUGUUUUACCAGAGGCGGUUAUACUCACUGGAGACUUGACAAAAGGACAGAGAGAACCGUCAACAAAUUACCCGAUGCAAUUUGCAGAGGAAUGGGAGGGAUAUAGAAUGUCCAUAGACAAUGUGUGCAAACAAUAUUUUUGCGCUCUUGACAAUAACACCCUAACAUAUGCAAAUUUGCCACAGAAAAAGUUGCUAGCUGAAGAUGACCAAAGUCUUGAAGAACCAGACUGCUUUAAACGGAGAUGGGUGGACACAAGAGGAAAUCAUGACUCGGACGGGAUGCUAACAGGGGAGGAAACGAAGAACAUGGCGAAAAAGUAUUUGGUGAAUAAAGGAGAGAAAUUAUUGAUUCGCGAUUUUGAGAAGGACAACCAGACAAUAAGAAUCAUUUUGGUUGAUAUGUUCCAAGAUACUUCAAUGCCGGUCGACUGCGAGGGAGUGAUCACGUUGGCACAAUAUAACGAUAUCAAAAAGGCGAUUUUGGAGAAAAACACAACCCACACAAUUUUAGCAGGCCAUUACCCAAUCCAUAAUGUUGCUGUUGAAGAGAACGACACACUACUCAACUGUCUGAGAAGAGACUUCAAUGGCAAUUUGCCAUUUUCGAUGUAUUGGAGUGGACACUACCACCAGAGUGAUUUACAAGUGUACCACAAGGGUGGAAUCAGAGAGGUACAAUGUCCAACAAUGGAAAAUAGACGUUUCCACCUUUAUUUGUUCAAAGACGGUUUCAUAUACGACAAAGACGUCCAAAUUUACUCAAAUGAUGCGCUCUUACUCAAACCAACACCACAAAAGUUUUACAAUCACAAAACCAAGUUCGAGGUUGUCAACAAUUUCAAGUAUUUUGAGGGUGUUGUACUUUCAGACGAGAAAGUUGCAAACGUGACGUUGACGAUCAACGGCGAGAGGUACUGCGAUAUGCACCAAGUGGGCGACAAGAAAUUGUACCAAUGCGAGUCUGCAGACUUCUUCAAAAAGAAUGUUCAAAUUUUUAGUGCAAAAAUGGAAGUCACUUUGGUAGGCGGGUCUAGGGUUGUCGACGAACAGUUGAUGGAGGAGAAAUUCACAUACAGAAAGUACAUUCUUUCGACGUCGAUGUUCGUCUUGGUCAAAAUUGUCUUUUUUUUCAUAGAAAUACGGUUGGUCUUGUGUUCGAUGGUUGGAGGGCUGAUUUGCAGACUACAACCAUUCAAGUACAUCACGCACUUUUUCCCAUUCACAUUUAUUCGAAAGUACAGGAAAAUGCCUCUUCCAUAUCUGUUGGUGUUUUUGGCCUUGGUGCUCUACGAGCACUUCGGCUACUUGAUUAUAGGAGAUAUGGGCCUCGCGCAGAACAUAUUCUUGAUGCAGCGCAUAGUGCUCGUUGGGGCGAGGUCAACUCCGUUCCACACGACGAGACUUGGUAUAUUUUGCUUUAUCAUCGGAAUGACGUGGUACGCGUGCUACGGCGUUGCGAUGAAUUGCAUGAAGCGAUACAUUGCUGGGAGUAUUACGCUUGGGCCCAUCAUGGUGUGCACUGGUAUUUUCAUCCGAAUGCUUAUAUUUGGAGCCUCAAAGUGGAUCAUUGCUGAAAGCCCGUUGUUCUACAUAAUCGGGUUACUCGUCUGCAUGUUGAUUUGGAGUCGAUAUGCCAGACCACUCACUGUCAAACCAAAAAAGGCGAUGUCGCUCAACAAAGUGAUCGUCGUUUGA